AUGCCGCCUCCGGAAGUCUCGAUCAUUUUGCCGGUCUACAAUGCCGAAGCCUUCUUGGAUGAGGCUUUGGAGAGCAUCUUGCAGCAGAGUUUUCUGCAAAAGGGAGGCCUUUUGGAGGUCUCCGCCUUCGACGAUGGCAGCAGCGACGGCAGCGCGGCCGUGCUGCAACGCUGGGCCGAGCGGCUCACCGCGGCCUUUCCGGAGACCUUCACCUUCACCUCCGGCGCCAACGAGGAGCGCCUGCGCGCCGCCCGGCGGGGCGAGGCGCGUGCCGAGGCCUAUGCAGAGGAGGAGCGACCCAGUCAGGACCCACCGAGCCGCCGCCCCAGUCCGGACCGCUGCAGCUUGUGUGCUCGGGCGACGGCUCCCGAAGCCUUGCAGCGGAAGAAAGCCAAUGGCGCUGGUUACUGCGAGAGCUGCAGGCAGCUCUCGAAGGAGGAGUGGCAAGCCAAGCGCCGCGAAGCCUACGAGCGCCGCACCGGCUUACGCCGCGGCGGCGCUCCCGCCGCAGGCGAAGGCGGUGCGCAGCGCGCGCAGAGGCCGCAAGGAGUGCCGUGUGGCAUUGGAUUCGCUUGCAACAGCGCCAUCCGCCAAAGUCGCGGGACCUUCCUUUGCCGUUUUGAUGCCGACGACGUGAUGCACCCCGAGCGCGUGGAGCGGCAGGUGGAGGCCCUCCGCGCACAGCCACCCGAGCUGCGCGAGCGCACGAUCCUGGGCACCGGCUUCGUGCGGAUGCCGGAGGAUGCCACUCCCCGCUACACGCAGUGGCUCAAUGACAUGACGGAGGAGCAGCUGAUGUCGCAGCGUUUUCGAGAAGUGACACUUCUACACCCCACCUGGAUGUACCACCGUCGUGUGUGGGAGACCGUGGGUGGCUACACCCACGACACCACCGUGGGAGAAGACAUCGUCUUCUUCCACCAGCACCUGGAGAAGGGUGGUCGCUUGCUGAGGCUUCGGGAGCCGUUGUUGCACUACCGGUGCCACCCGGGGCAGCGCUCCUGGCGCCUGCCACGGAGAGAGGUCCAGAGUGCCAAGGCCGCGGCCUUCGAGCGACAAGUCCUCAGCACGCAGCCCUGGCGCGAGGGCUUCGGCGUGGUGGGCGCCGGCCGCGAUGCCCGCGACUUCUGCAAGGCCUUGUCACCAGAGGCCCUGCGAAAGGUCCGCGCCUUCUACGAGGUGGAUCCCAAGAAGAUCGGCAAAAGCAUCGCGUUCCCCUUCGCCGAUGGCACGCACCAGGUCCCGGUGUUGGAACAACCGAAGCUGCAGAUCCCCUUUGUGGUUUGCGUGGCUUUGGAGCGUGGAUACCAGGUUUUGAGCGCCAUCGCUCGAGAUCAACCAACGGCGCAGGAGGGAGUGGACUAUUUCCACCUGGUGUGA